UAUGUAAUUAGCUAUAGUUUACAUUUAAUCUCUUAUGUAAGUAGAUUAGAAGAUAAGGGUCUAAUGUGUAAUUAUUGAUUACAGUUGUAUAAGUAUAACGUAAUGAGAAAUAAACCUAAUUACUCUGGGUUUUCCAAUUCUAUCGUAAUCUUUCAUGGUAUCAAAGCAUCGACGUACCUAGGGCGUCCGUGGGUCAUCAUCGUCCGUUGGUGGGUUGCACACAAGAAGCCAACGUUGGACUUCUACCAACGUCAAACUUCAUCCGGUCAUCUUCCUGAAGUCGUGGACCAGGAGUUUUUUUUUUCACCCACGGCAAUGGCAAUAUCGAUCGAUCUUUCUAUUGCUGAUCCUUUAGGUCGAUUAAAUCAUAUCCUCUGACAGACUUGUCUCCAAUCUCGACUACAGCCUUCAAUCUUGAGCAACGACAGCCUCCAAUCUCGAGCCUAUCUCUGCCGUUUGCCUUUGAAAUUGACUGGGUCAGAUCAGCUGAGCUAUUUCGGCGCUCGCAAGUCCUUGUUCUGUCCACUUUGAUACUCGAAGGUUCUCGGUUUGCAGUUUCUGUUUGAUUGAACGAAACCCAAUCUGUUCCGGCUUGUUUUUCAGAUCUCAUUUAGCCUUUUUUAACACUGUUUCAGCAGUCAUACAGUGGUAAGUGCUCUAAUCUGUCUCUGGGAGGUCGAAUUUGUGUUUGUUUACGCUUGCUUUCGGCUGGGUCACACCUAUUUACUGUGAUUUGUGUUGCUUUAAGGCUGUGUACUGCUGGGUUAAUUGAAUAUUGUGUAUUUGGGGUUGUUGUUCUACUAUUAAGAUGUCAGAGGGUAAAAACAAGACUUCCGCUAGUACAAAGGAUGAGUUGAAUCAUGUAGGGACUUUGGAAAACUAUCCUCUGGAUAUUUGUCAUAUUAAAUUGGAUGGUACCAAUUAUUUGAUUUGGUCUCGCACUUUUACUUUAGCUAUUGAGGCCAAAGGGAUGUCAGAGUUCAUUGAGAGCCCUGUUACUCCACCUGUUGAGACUGUUGAACUUAAGAAGUUUAAAUCUCAGAAAUCAUUGGUCAUGACCUGGUUAUUUAACUCCAUGAGAGCUGAUAUUCGCCAUACUUUCCUGCUUCUUAAUACUCCGUAUCAAAUUUGGACAACUGCAACCCAAACCUAUUCGCAACAAGGUAAUGAUGCACAGUGUUUUGAGUUGAGGAAAAGACUCCGUACAUUGGAACAAAAUCAUCGCUCCGUCGCUGUAUACUUUGCUGACCUGAGUGGAGCUUGGGGGGAAUUUGAUUAUUAUCAGGGCUUUCAGGCUGUUUGUGAUGUGGAUGCUGCUAAUUGGCUAAAAAGGAUGGAGAAAGAGCGUGUUUAUGACUUUCUUGCUGGUCUUGAUUUGGAACUUGAUCCAAUUAGAGUGCAGGUGUUGAGUCGUGUUCCGUUUCCAUCAUUGGGAGAGGCCUAUUCUAUUGUUCAGCAGGAGGAGAGUAGGAGGGGUGCUAUGUUGCACCCUCCUAUUUCUGAUCGUUCUGCCCUGGUUGCUACUCCUCAGGUUCAUUUUGGUUCCGAUAGUGGGCCUAUUCUCCAGGGUGGCAAGUCGCAGUCUGGCAUUCGCAACGGGCCUCCUGAUCGUGCGUCACUCCAGUGCGAUUAUUGCCACAACACUGGUCAUACCAGAGAUUUUUGUUGGAAGCUACAUGGGAAGCCUUCUCGUGGGCGAGGAGGUGGAUGCGGUAACUAUGGUCGUGGUCCGAUGCGUUCUCGGGCCCAGGCCCAUGUUUCGGAAUCUACAGUUGGCACCUUGCCUGAUUCUGGGAUUCCGGGGUCAUUUGAUCAAGUUGGUGGUUUCUCUCACGGGGAGAUACAAACUCUCAGGCGCCUUAUGGCACAGGCUGAUUCUCCAUCUACUAUAGCUUCCUCUUCCACAGCAGCUCCUACUUCAUCCUAUUUUGCUCACACAGGAACUGGAUACGGGGACGGUGAUUGGCAGUGGUAAAUCACAUGGUGGCCUUUAUUUUUUGGAGUCUGCACCUCAUCCACCCAUGUCAUGUGGUCUUGCUCUACAAGCAGAUACGGGUCCAGCUCUUACUAUGUUACAUCAGUGGCACCGUAGAUUGGGUCAUCCCUCCUUU